GUGGAUAGUCGUCCUCACGCCAUGAUGACGACAGGCUGACCUCGGAAAUGCAUGCUAUCAUGUAUAUCAUGGAAUGGUUAUCGACAUGAGAUUCUCGGCUCAUCAACGUCGAAACAUCCACAGGCCACCAGCACGCCGAUAGCUAAGGCGUUAGGAAAGAAGCAUCUUCCAAGAUGAGAAAGGCUCCCUUCCCCAUCGCGCUCGUCCUACUCUUGACGGCCGUGUCGUUUACGCUCCUCUCCACACUCUUACCGAGCUUGAUCCAUGUGGUUCAACCGGCUCCCGGGCCGUUACACCACGAAGUCAAAUAUGGACUGUAUAGGCGAUGCGUCCGCCGAAUCCCAGAAUCCGACCUCCUUCUCCUAGAACGCGCACAUCCUUCCGACAUCUCUUUACCCUCCAAUCUGGACCGACUAAAUACGCUCACCGGUCGGCGAUCAGUCUCGAAUGCCACGACUGCAAGGUCGAUACUGGAUGGAGAAGACAGUUUAAGGGUGAGGGCGGCACCGGGACCGGGUGAUAUCCCGAUCGGAGAGGGGGAUGGAUGGACCUGUCAACCUUUCCCACAAUCGUCCGAAUGCAAGACCCUCGGCCAAGGAUUCUGUAUCAUGUGGGCCACGGCAGGGUAUGCUGCUCAGCUAUCCUUGUUCCCGUGUCUGGUCUCGUUGAUCACACUGUUGUUGAUCACCAUCGGCGUCGGGUCAAAAAAGACUCGAGCCCAACGUCGUCGAGGAGGCUGGAAGAUCGUCUCGGGCCUCAUGAGCAUCCAUAGCGUGCUCCAGAUCGUGGCGAUCGCUAUUAUCUUGCACGUCUACCGGACCGACGUCAGGUUCUCUGUCGGGAGUCAUCUUGACACGGCGGCGGAUUUGGGAGUCGCUUCGGCCCUGAUCAGUAUCGCCAUCGUGAUCGCCCUCACGUGGGUCGGAUUGGCAGCGCAGGCUGGAAAAGAAUGGGCAGGUGGCAAGCCGCCUCGAAGACGUCGACACCGACGUACCCGAUCGGGCAGGGUCGUAACCGUGCCCAACUUGAGCGAAGACGAAGACGCAGAAGCGGACGAGGAGACGGGCCUGUUGAACGGCCCUGCUGGUGUGAACGGCGCGGAGGCUGCUACGGGUCAUGGUGGAGGUGUACAGCCGGUACGAUGAGUCGGUAUUGAAGCGUUCCGUAU